AUGCUAUCGUCUCUGUCAAGCAAUCUUUCUCUACCCCUGCCAGCAUCAGCAUCAACGAUAGUACCAGCACCAUCUCAAGGCUCUCGAAUACCCGCUUUGUUAUACGGCACCGCAUGGAAGAAGGCUCAAACGGAGGAUCUGGUAAUUGAGGCUUUCCAGUCUGGUUUUGUUGGCGUUGAUACCGCCGCUCAGCCUCGACACUACCAGGAGCAACUGGUGGGAUCAUCAUUACGCCUGGUCCUGCAUCGGAAAGCUUUGAGACGGGAGGAUAUGUUUAUCCAGACGAAGUAUACUCCGAUUGACGGUCAAGACCUAGAUAUGGCUCCAUAUAGGGCUUCCGACUCGAUCGCAGACCAAGUUCGUGCUUCAGUCACUUCGUCGUUACGGAACCUGAGCACGAGAGAAGACUACGGAGACUGUGGAGAAGAUAACAACGAGACAUACAUUGACUGUGUCCUACUGCAUUCUCCUCUUGACACAGUUGCAGACACACUAGCCGCUUGGAACGUACUUGAAAAAUUCGUGCCCCACCGAAUCCGCCACUUGGGUAUUUCCAACAUCAACCUGAACAAUCUCGAGAUCAUCUACGAACUCGUCCAUAUCAAGCCGGCCGUGGUACAAAACCGGUUCUACUCACGCACACAUUUCGACCGAGAUAUCCGCAACUUUUGCGUGGAGAAGAAUAUGGUCUACCAAGCAUACUGGGUUCUGAAAGGAAAUCCGGCCCUCUUGCAGAGUGCACCAGUACUAAGGAUCGCCCAGGAAUUGGCGAUACAGAAGGAGGCUGCUUUGUACUGUCUUGUGCUUGGUUUGGAUGGUGUAGUGGUGCUGAAUGGCACCACUAAAGCCGAAAGGAUGCGGGCUGAUGUUGAUGCGAUCAAUAAGUGGCGUUCUUGGUGGACUGAGGGUGAGAAUGAGCAAAUAUGGGAGAACAUUUUGGCAGAUUUCAAAAUUCUGACAGACGAAGAGCUUCCUUGA